CAACAGCGCCUCCUAUGGUCACAACAUACGGUGGUGUGGUCACAGAAUAUGGUGUAACACGACCAGACCGGGCCGCGGAAAAAAACCUAAUAAGUUUGUCCGGUCUCGUGACGAUUUUUUGGGGAACCAACGAAGACCUCACGCUCUGACGGUUGAUGGGCUGGCGGUGAUGCGGAUGUUUGUCAAGUUCCUCUGUGCCUCAGUUCUUCUGCUCCUUACCGCUUUCUUCCUCCUGGGGACAGUCAGGUACACCGCCGAGCUGACCCCCCUUCUUGCGAAGGAGUAUCGCCGCAUCUCCCCGUUUACCUACCGCUACCUCUUAAACCAGCCGGAGGUGUGCCGGGACAGAAGCCCGUUUCUGGUCUUCCUGGUUCCCGUCGCACCUCAUCAGGAAGAAGCCAGGCAGGCCGUGAGGAGGACCUGGGGGGCUCCAAGGAGGGACACUCUCACCCUGUUUUUCUCAGGACUUCCAGAAGGAGGGCUGUUGUCGCCCCUUCAGAGCGCCCUGGAGAAGGAAGGUCAGCAAUAUGCAGACAUUAUCCAGAUGAACUUCAGGGAUAGUUACCAGAACUUGACAAUAAAGACCAUGGUGAUGAUGAAGUGGCUGGCUGCCCACUGCCCAAAUGCCUCCUAUGCCAUGAAAGUGGAUUCUGACAUCUUUGUCAAUGUGUUUCACCUCAUCCUACGCCUCAGGAGCUCCCCCAGGGUGGCCUUUAUCACUGGAUCGGUGAUCUGGGACGGCAGCCCCAGGAGGGACCCCAGUAGCAAGUGGUAUCUAUCAGAAAAGCUGUACCAUGAAGACAGCUUCCCACCUUAUCUGUCUGGAGCUGGCUAUGUGUUCUCCACAGACCUGGCGGGCAGGAUCUCGUGGGCAUCUAGGUUUGUGCAGGUGAUUCCUCUAGAGGAUGUCUAUGUGGGCUUGUGUCUUCGUGUGCUGGGUGUCAGGCCAGUGUAUUCCCACAGCCUGCCACUCUUCAGGAACCUGUUUGAGAUUCGAAAGCUGGAGUAUGACAGGUGCACAUUUGUCAAACUCAUCAUUGUGAACAGUUUUAAGCCAUCUGAGCUGUUGCAUGUGUGGGAGGACUUCUCUAAAGGCCAGGCUGACUGCUGACUGCUUUUCAAGUUUACUUCACAGUGAGACCAACUGUAAUAAGUCACCUGCUGGAAAGGAAAAAAGCCAUAAAACAUCAUGACAAAGUUAUUAAAAUGUAGGUAGAGCAUAUGUUUAAUUAAAGUAUUAGAAUAAUUAAUGUUUAGGCAACUUUUACUGCUGCUGAAAAAAACUAUUUAAAGUUAGCACACUCCAAAGUUCCAGGAAGUUAAUACAGUAUUUACUUUUUACAUUUUUAUUAUUCCUGGUAGAGAAGUUGUUUCGUUUUCUUCAGGGUGUGACUGAAACUUUGCAGGAGAAACAAAGCGGUGAAAAAAUCCAUUUAACAGAUUUUCAUACAGUGGCUCAUCUCCACCAACGCAAAUUAGUUUAUUUCCUGCCUGACAAGUCAGAGUGCCUUUCAGCUUCUGCAGGUUGUUUGCAUUUUAUUAUAACAAAGACUGGUACAAAGAUUCCUUUGUUGUGCCUCGCUGCCUAUUGCAUUAUUGCCUUAUAUUCCGUGUGCCUUUUUGUUUGGGUGUGGAUCUAGUGCCUGAUUGAUUGACUGUAGUCAAACUCUGGACCUCAUGGAAGAAUGUAUUCAGAUAGUUUGCUUCAACAUCCAGUUUUAUUUGAGAUUUUUUUGUGUCUUGAAGGUUGGACUUGGACCAAUAUCUAAAAAUGUGCUAUUCUCUAGUCCCUUGUAUUUUGGUUCUGAAUCCUUGUUUUGGCCCAGGGACUAAUAAAAUCUAACAGGUUAGGAUUGCUCAUGAAACCAAAAGAACUCUUGCUGGUAGAUAUUUAUUGGAGUCAUAUAACCACGUUUUCUUACAGCUGACUAUUAGUAGAAUGAAAAAAACUACUUCACGGGUUGUCAAAGCAGAUACAAAAUGUCCUCCUGGUGGGUACAAAUGCUCAGUAGACUGCAACAAUUGGUAAAAUAAAGUAAAAAAUUGUGACCAAACAACAAAAAGUGCAAAGGAUUAAAACUGAUGAAAUGAGCAGCACUUGUUCCAUAUCAUGUAGAGCUACAAAUCAUUAUCAAAUUUCAAACAUUAUUGCAACAUCAGUGUGUGCAGUAUUGCAAAUAACUGCUUGGGUGCAAUAUUAUAUCCUACUAGGAUAUAAUAUUUGAAGUGUAAUGUAGUCAUAUCUGUAACAUAUUUGGCUAGUUGAAUAAACUGAAUUUUCUUAAAGCCCACACCAGAUGCAUGUCCUUAAAUGGCUGAGAUUAAAAGGCUCCUGGAAAGAGUUAGCGAGAUGGUGUACUAGUAAAGAAAGAAAGGUGACCCAAAAAUGAGGGUUAAUCAAAAUUUAUAUAGCUAUUGCAAUUUUCAGCAGCAGUAUAGGAAUGAAACAUUUUUCUGAAAUGGCACACCCCUUUUAUGCUAAUCUUUAAUAAAUAUUCCUAAAUGUUUUACAAAAUGUUUUCUGUUGCGGAGCUCACAUAUUUAAAGUAAGUUUGUGUUCCCCUCCUGUUCAGAUGUUUCAUGACACAAGGCAUAGCCCUGUUACUGGUGUAAAUGCAGAGAUUUCUCUGGUAUUAAGGAGCGCAAGUAAGGUAGCCCAGCCCCUAACCAUCCAGUUGCUGCACACUGCCAGUCAACUGGCUGAAAGACAUUCCUUCUUUCACAACAAAACUAAAUUUGGCUGUUUGGAAAUUUUUCUGGCCAGAAAAAGUACAGAGAGUGACUAAAUGCUACAGAAUAAUGCCAAAAUAAUUUUGGCUGUAGUGGGAAUAAUUGUUGCUUUUCUGUUUGAAAUAAAACCAAUUAGGUCAUGUUAAACAUUUUUGUUUUAAUACUGUUAAACUGUAUUUUUUUUUACAGAAGGUAAUCUCAUGCCUACCAUAGACAGUUGGACUCCUUAUAUAGACUCUUUUGUGAAGCAGAAAUUAUUGAUCAUCAAGAUUUUCUUUAAAGCGAUUCUUGCAUGAGGCCUAGUAUGUUGAAAAAAGCUGAAAAGAACCUCCCUUUCACAAAAUGUUUGAAACUACCUUUGAUAAUAUCAAGUUUUUGUGCCUAGGUUUGCAUUUACUGAAUCUUAAGAUACUGUGCUGACUUGUGUCAGCAGGUGGCGGCGUAAUCCAAAUGAUAAAUUAUAUCAUUUGAUCACAUGCCUCUGGACAGAGUUAAAUUAAGAAAAUCUGUACUACUGUUUUUUUUGUAUGCUGUAAACCAAAUUGCUUCACUGUUUUAUACAUCAGUAGGACUCCUUUAUUGAUCAGAUGAUGUAAUUCAGUUUCUUGCUAAAGGAACCUCAUUGCUGCUAUUGAUUUGCUACUGUUCUCUUGCUCUGACCUUGGAGUCUGCUUCUCCAGAUAAAUGCUGCCUACUAACUGACCAAAUAAAUGCAUUGGGAACAGUUCAAACCAGCUUUCUUCUGCAAGUUUCAUCAUUGACAUAGUAAAGUUGUGUCUGGUCAAUAAAUUGAACUGUGUAAAAGG